AUGGACAGGAAUUCUGAUAUUAAUUCUUCAAACCAACCCACCGAGCAGAGAUCUUCUUCCAUUGACCGUAGCGCAUACAGCUCUGCUGAAGCGCAACGUGCUCAAACAACUUUGCAUCCUGGAGGAACUCUGCAAAGCUCUGAUAUAGGAUUAGGUACUGAAACAAUGGUACCCAGAAAACAACAGGAUAUUCCCAGAAAUGUCAAUGGAUUUGACCUCUUCCAUCUCAAUCUUGAACAACAACCUACCUUUAAUGACCCUGAUAAACGCCACACGUUUGGUCAAACUCGAGAAACACCUAAUGCUCGAGCCAGAAAAACGUCUGAACCUUCGGUAGCUACUCAGAUUCCGCCACCCCCACGCUAUGCUGCUAACCAGCAAAGACGAUCUGUCCCCUAUGACGAAACGAUUUCGUUUUUUGGUGAUUCCAAUGCAACAGACAACAGGCACUAUCCUUCUCGAUCUUUACUCGACCAAGAUGGUCUCCAUCGAGGAUCCAUUGGUACUCUGCCUCAUGCUGGUGAUAGCCGUGAACACAGACGAUCCUCUGCUCUUUCUGGUUCAGGAAAACAACAGAGGGACAGUCUUUCUACUCCUAUGCAUCGAACUUCCUCUGCCUUAUCUGGUGCCGGCGACUUUCUCCCUCGAGAAGAAUCAUCCACGGCACCUGCUAUGAGUGAUAUUCCUAUUGGCGACAAAGCCCUUCAUCCAGAAGACAAAGUUUCUGCUGCACCUGUUGUCACCGAAAAUCUUCCUUCGACCCACGAACCUACUGGCCUCCUUCCUCAAAGCAAUCAAACCGCUACUCCUCAGUCUCCCACAGUUAACCAGGGAGCCUCAACACAUCAACCUUUGGAAGGUGAGGGCAGAGAUCGAGAAAAGAGCUAUUCAGAAAUGGCAUCUGAAGCAGCCGCCAGUGUCACUGCGACGACCAAGGGAGCUAUAGCCACCGUGGCCACAGGCGCCACAGCUGCUGCUGCUGCUGCUGCUGCACUCUUUGGCGCAAAAAACGAAGAUGAAGAAAAAGCAAAACGUGAAUCGAAUGUAGAACCUGCCAUUCAUGGUCAAGAGGCUGAUUAUGAUUCAAAGGACAAGGUUCGUAGGGAAAGCGUUCCUGAUGAUCAGCAUCCUUUUUGCAAGAGUGUCCAUGAGCCCGUGAUUCAUGGUCAAACAGCCUGUUACCACUGUGUGAAGACUGAUGAUGAAAAUGCCCAAGCCAAACCUUCCACGGCUGAAAUUACCGGUACAGCUGCUGCUCUUGGUGCUGCUGGCACGGUUGGCACGGCUGGAGCUGUACUUGUUACUCCAGAUCCUAUUGGUACAAGCUCUGUAAUAGAAGACGAUGACAGUGCUAUCGACCAUAUCUUGAAACGACCUACAAACACCGACGUCCAAUCCACUGGCAUCCAAUCCACUGAUCAACCUACCGAAUGGGCAGGUCAGCCUUAUCCUGCUACUGAUGGCGUCUUGGGUGCUGACAAGCACAACUUUGGACUGAGCAGACCUCUUCCUCCUGAAAGCAAUAAUGAAAGCAUGAGCAGUACACGCGCUAUUAAUGGCGACCCUAUCUCUGAAGAAGACGAAAUUAAGCAACGUGCUUCUACUGCUCCCACAGACAAGACUAUUGAAUCUCCCUCUGAGCAUCAACAAAACCGAAGAAGCAGCCUCACAGCAGGUCUCAAGAGUAAGGCCGUGGCCGGAGGUGCAGCUGUUGCCUCCGCUUUCCGUCGUUUCAGCCAUGGUCCUUCUUCUCCUACCGAGACAGACCGUCGUGUGUCAGAUGCAGAAGCUUUCAAGCAACAACAGCAACAGCAACAACACCAUCAUCAUGUACAUGGUGCGGACAAGGCUAUUGAUACAGAAAAGCAAGUCAAUAACUAUGCCAUCCCAGAGGAUGUAAUGAAGGCUCGAGAGAAUAACAGACAGCUGGAAGAAGACUAUGGCAAGAACUAUCCCAAAAAAGAGUUUACAAGCCAAUCGGGGCCUGCUAGUCAAUCACCACAGGUUGUUCCAACAGAUACAAACACACCUUACGACACACGUGCUGUAGGUGAAAGCGGCUUUACCCAUGGCUCGAAUAAAGCAGCUGGUCCAACUAGUACUGCUGUUGCUGAUAUUCCUGUCGACACUGCUGGUGCCACCGCUGUAGGUACCUCUGCUGGUGCUACAGCUGCUGCUAAUGCUGACGCAAAUAAGGCUCUGGAAAAUAUCACUCCUAGUCGACCUCGUGAAGAAGCUACUACUACCUCUUCUGCUCCUGAGUCUAGAACUCAACCUGCUACUAUUUCUCCAACCAACUCAACCAACACAUGGACCACCGCCCCUAUGGUAGCUGACCAACCACGACAUGCAUUUGGUGGAAGCUUUGCCUUUGGUAAUCGUGACAUAGUAGCACCAGUUCAGCAAGAGGUUGCCAAGGCCCCAGGCAUUGAAUCUAUGAAGGUAGCUGAUGUACCUGGCCAAACUGAAGGUCAAGGUAACUUUGUUAAAGAAGAAGAUAAUGAACAAAGAAGGACGUCAAGAAAAGGAUCGAUCCAGAAAGUAAUUGGUAAAUUAUUUCAUAAGUAA